CAAUCGAACAAUAGCAAACGACGCGUGAACGCGAUAAAUAUCAUAAAAUUAUAGCGCUCAAAUACACACCUGGAUAAAUUUGAUUUAAUUUGUAUUUGAUUUGUUGAACUCGAAAGGAUACGAAAAGACAAACGUCAACAUGGGUUGUCUUUCGGGCAUAGUCAAUUUCAUAUUAUAUGUAGUUAAUGUUGUGUUCUUGAUCGUUGGCAUCCUUCUGAUCGUCCUGGGAUCGAUCAUGUUGGCCGACAUCAAUCGCUUUGCCGGAAUGAGUGAGGUAGAGCACACGAACACCAUCCCCAUUUGCAUUACCGUGAUUGGAGCCCUGAUCUUUGUCGUCUCCUUCUUCGGCUGCUACGGCCUGUUCAGGCAGAGCGCUUGUAUGACGGGAGCGUACACCAGCAUGAUCUUCGUGCUCUUCAUCCUCCAACUGGUGCUCACCUGCUGGGUGUUCGUCAACAGAACGGCCUUCCUGAACGACAUGAGAAGCCUGGUCACAUCGCUAUGGAACACACAUGACUCCGAAGCGUUCGGCGUGCUGGAGGUGACCUUCAACUGUUGUGGUAACACUGGCUAUGCCAAUUACGGUAACCAGACGGUGCCCGGCACCUGCUGCGGCUUUGCGAACCGUCAGACCUCUUGCUCGUCCCAAAUUUAUGAGACGAAGCCUGGCUGCAAUGACAAGUUCGAGGAGUUCUGGUACGACAACAUGGACAUAAUCCGCUGGUCCGGCCUGGGCAUUGUCUUAUUCGAAUUGCUGGUCUUCAUCUUCGCCGGCGCCCUGACCAACUGCAUGCGCCGCGAGAAUGCUGGCAGACAAGUGUCCGCCUAGACAGCGAGAGAAUCAAUUUCCAUAGCAUACGUAUAUUAAUGUCCAUGCAAUAAUAAAGAUUUCUACUGGCCACUGAGUAUUCCCCAAGCGA